AUGUCAUAAUUCAUAGAUUAAGAAAUAAAUGGUUAUAGAGUAUAAAAAGCAAUAGGCGAGGGCAAAUUCUCAACUGUCUAUAAGGCUGUGAAUUAGGAAGGCAAUGUGAUUGCUCUAAAGAAGAUUAAAGUAAUAAAAGUUUAGAAAUAACAUAAGAUAUUUGAUAUGAUGGACCCUAAGCAUAGAGAGAAAUGUUUAAAGGAAGUGAAACUGAUGUAACCUUUAGAUCAUCCUAAUAUAAUAAAAUAUUUGGAUUCAUUUCUGUAUAAUAAUGAAUUGAUUAUUGCCACUGAAUGGGCAGAAAAAGGGGAUUUAAAAAAGCUUAUAAAAAAUGCAAAAGCAGAUGAUACUCCAUUUGAAGAAGUUUAAAUGUGGAAUUAUAUAUUACAAAUAGCAAGUGCUUUAUCACAUAUGCAUGAAAAAAGAAUAAUGCAUCGUGAUUUAAAACCUGCUAAUAUUUUCAUUGGAGGAGAUGGAACCUUGAAAGUUGGAGAUUUAGGAUUAGGCAGAAUAUUUUCAUCAGAAACAAUAGAAGCAUAUUCUAAAGUAGGAACACCCUUAUAUAUGUCACCAGAGGUAAAUGUUCAAUUAAAAAGAAGAGCUCCUCCAUGGAGAAGGGUAUGAUAUGAAAUCAGACAUAUGGUCAUUAGGAUGCAUAGCAUAUGAGAUGGCUGAAUUCAAGAGCCCUUUUAAGUAAAGUGAGAAAAUGUCAUUAGUAGAUUUAUUCAAUAAUAUAACUAAAGGUGAAUUCAAGCCUGUAUCUAAUCGAUAUAGUCAAUAGUUACGAACUAUUAUUGAAGGUAUGAUUGUAGUUGAUCCUUUAAAAAGAUUAGAUUCAAAUACUAUAUUACAAAAAGCUAAAGAGAUGUUCUCAUCUCAUUCUGAUACUAAAAGAACUCCUCAAAUAAUUAAUGUAUUAGUAAUGGAAGUAAAUAAUAUAAUUAUAAAAAAUAAAGGAUAUUUAUGAAAAGUUAUCUUUAGUUUAAUAUCAUCAAAAUUUCUGUGUUCCUUUGAAAAAGAAACCCAUUUCAAAAUAUUUCUUUUCUUUAGAUGAAAAUGUGAAUUCUUCUUAUAGAUUCUAUUAUUUUGUAGAUUUAUGUUAUUGGUUAAUGAAUUUACCCAAAUAAAAGAAGAAUAAAUUGGCAUAACAUAUUAAAUACAGUAAUAAUUUAGAAGAUACUGCUAGAAAACUAUUAUUAGAUAUUAAAGCAUGGGGUAUAAAAUUACCUGAAUAACUUGGAUCUCCUCAUAUUUCCUCUGGUUUUGGAGAUAUGGUUUGUUUUAUACUUAAUGAUCUAUUAAAUAGAGAAUUAAUAAGAGUGAAUUUUAAAUUUGAAUUACCAUAAUUUGGUGAUGAUUUAAAUAAUUCUAAUAUCUUAAAUUAACAAAUUUAAUAUGAUGAAUAAGAUUUACCUGAAGAAUUAAUGGAAGAUGAUUAAGAUGAAGUAGAAAAUGAUGAACUCACAUAGAGUAUACUAUUUUAUCAAAAGAAAUUUAAAACAGAAUAACCAGACUUUAAUUAGAUUCCUUAAGAUAGAUAAAUUAUAUAAACUAAAGUUGCUAUUAAUGAAUGGAUGAAUGAAUAUAAUAGAGUAGAAAAAGAACUUAAUAAAUUUGAUACCAAUCUAAAAGAACAUAAGUCAUAUUUAAAGGAUUAUCAAAAAUCUAUGAAUCUUAUAAAGAAAUGCUCAAAGGUAAAUUGUUUACCAAUAGCAAUAGCAAUUAACUAUCCUAUCGUAGUACUUAAAAUCAAAUGAAGUUUAAGAUAUCUAAUAAUAAUGGAUUAAUUAUCUCGAAUUAAUACCUAAAUUAGAGACUCAAUUAACAAAUCUAAUAUAACCUGAAAUUUAAGAAAUUUUAUAAACUAAUAGAUAAUCUAUAUUUUAAUUUGAAAUUCAAAUCAAUUCUCUAAAUAAAUCAAAUUGCUCAAAAUUAGAACUUGAUUAAUAAUUACAUUAAAAUCUAACAGAUAUUCAAUUUAAAAUACCUAACCUUAGUGAUAAUAGACCUAAAUAAAGGCAAAUUAUCAAUUAAUUAAAAGUAUUAAUUCCAUUUUAUAUUUGAUAGAAUGAUAUCAAUGAUAUGAAUGUUAAAAUUGGUAUUUUAUAGACUUAAUUAACUAAAUCAUAUUCCUACAAUAAUGAAUAACUAUCAGAUGAAGAAGAAUUUUGA